UGCAGUUUUUUUAAACAGUCAACACCUCCUCUGAUAUUACUCGAUCAUAGCAAACUUUGAAACUUUGUCGAAUAUUCUGUCAGUAUUCGAAUAUACAGAAGUGCGAUUUCAACGACUGAGUUAAUAAUCAGAAUCAAACCAAUUUUUAACCGCCGUUCAGCGCAGAGAACUGAAAUUGUACCUGAGACCCACGCCUUCAAGUUAUAACAAUGGCCGUGCCCAAGUGGCUGGACUCGGAUUACGUGCAAACGAUCCUCCGGAAGGCAGAGAAGGAUGAUUCUAUCAAGGUGUCCAGUUUGAGUGUAAAGCCAGCUAUAGCCAAGGGUGAAAAUUACGCGAGUGACUUGUAUCGCUUGAACGUAGAUUACUCGCGGAUUCUCGAAGGGCGCCAAGUAACGGAGUCGAAGUCUAUCAUAACAAAAGUCGCCACUGAUGGCGGUUGUCGGGAUGAAAUGGCAAGAGAAUCUCGAUUUUUCGAGAUAGAAAUGUCUAUGAUGUCGGAAACUUUGCCGAGGAUGCAAGAGAUUCUGACGAGUCACGGUAUGUCUGCUUCUUUAUCGGCACAAUGUCUACACAUCCAGGAAGCAGACCCAAAGCAUUUGUUCCUCGAGGAUCUACUAGUCGCAGGAUUUCGUCUCGCCGAUCGCCGAAAGGGAUUAGAUCUGGAUCAUUGUCUAGUUGCAAUGAGAAAUCUUGCCAAGUUUCACGCGGCUUCUGUAGCCCUUGCGGAGAAGGACCUGCAAGCCGUGAAAAAGUACAACAAAGGAAUGUUUGACAAGAAUCAGUGUAACGCAGUCAUUGAAUUUUAUCCAGGCAGAGCGAAAAUGUUAGCGGAGGAAGUUGCUAAUUGGCCCGAGUUGAGCCCACGGAUUCGUCAAAAACUCGCAAAGCUUCCUGAAGGUCUCUAUGAGAGAGGAUGUGAAGCUGCUCUUUUACGAGAAGACGAUUUCAACGUUCUCACACACGGAGAUGUCUGGACAAAUAACAUGAUGUUCCGUUAUGACGAAAAUCACAAGCCCAUCGAUCAUAGAUUCUUAGACUUUCAAAUCAGUAACUACGCUUCACCAGUGCUCGACCUUCUCUACUUUUUCGCAACAAGCCCAAACGACGAUGUCCGUAAGCAACACCGUGAGUUAAUUGUGCGCGAGUAUCACGCCGCUUUGACAACUGCCAUGGCCCAGCUGAAGUGCAGCACCGCAGGACCAAGUCUCGAAUAUAUAAUGGAUUCGUUGAGAAAGCGUGCUCUGUUCGAAGUGAUUCUAACGUUCUCGAUAUUACCGUUGGCUUUAUUCGAUCUAAAGAGUGUGAUCAGUCCGGAGGAAGCGGAGGAGUACAACGUGGAACAUGAAAGACUCUCGUACAAGGGUGAAUUGUUCCGAAAGGUUAUGACGAGGAUUCUCCCAUUGUACGACAGCAUGGGAUUGUUGGAUACGCAAAACGGUCUCCGGCACCCACGUUUUCGAGUUAUCAAAAUGGCCGUACCGAUGUGGUUGAACUCGGAUUACAUAAAAGCCGUCUUACGGAAAGUCGAGAAAAAUGAUUCCAUUGAAGUGUCAGGUAUUACCGUAAAGCCAGCCACGGCCAACGGUGACAAUUACAUGAGUGAUAUGCAUCGCAUCGGCGUCAAAUUCUUGCGGGUUCUUGACGGACGGCAAGUGACGGAGACAAGGUCUCUCAUAGCGAAAAUCGCCAUUGCAGAAGGUAUUCAAGCAAAAAUGACGGCGGAUGGUAGAUUUUUUGAAAUAGAAAUUUCAAUGAUGUCGGAAACUUUGCCGAGGAUGCAAGAGAUUUUGUCUAGACAUGGUAUGCCUGCCUCUUUAUCGGCAAGAUGUCUGCCAACUCAGGAAGAAGGACCGAUUCAUCUGUUGCUCGAGGAUCUGGUAGCCGAAGGCUUUCGCCUCGCUGAUCGUCAGGCUGGCUUGGAUCUGGAUCAUUGUUUGGUAGCGAUUCGCAAUCUUGCUAAUUUUCACGCGAGUUCGGUAGCUCUUGCAGAAAAGGACCUUGCAGCUGUAACAAAGUACAACAAAGGAAAUUUCCACAAGGAUCACGUAUUGAUUGCCUUUUUCGAAUCAACCAUGAAAUAUUUUGCAAAAGAGGUUGCUAAAUGGCCUGAAUUGAAUCCGUGGAUUUAUAACAAGAUAUUGAAGUUAUCGGAAGUUGUCUGCGAAAAACUAUGCGAGGCUGCUCUUUUUCGGGAAAACGAUUUCAAUGUCCUCAAUCACGGAGAUUUCUGGAUAAAUAAUAUAAUGUUCCGUUACGAUGACCAACAGAACCCUGUCGAUUCUAGAUUCGUAAGUGCAAAAUUUUAUACUCGUAUAUAGUCGUCUUAUAAUACGUCCUCUUGUCAAACAUGCCCCGGUUCAAUUCGAUCAGACACAAAAACCCAAGUAGAUACGAGGAAACGAAGAGCUUCCAUGCGCGCAGCCAAUUGAA